AUGAAAUUUUUCAAGAAAAAAUCUGCAAGAAGUGUGACACCAUUGGUCACAUCGGAAACACGAGAAGAAAAUAAUUCUCGUGCAAUAUUAUCUUCUAAUAAAAAAUCACAUCAUACUAUUGAGGUACCAUUAUCAACACAUGAGAUGAAUAGUCGAAAACGCAAUUUUUAUCAACGAUGUUGUUCAAAAGAAAGUCUUAAAGAACAAGCUUUACUCAUAACUACUAUUGCUUCAGUUGUGAUUGGUAUUGGAGUUGGACUUGGUCUUAGAAAUCUUAAAUGUAGCACAGAUGAAUAUAUUAAUGGAUGUCGUUUAACUAAAGAAGAUAUCGGAUACAUCGAAUUUCCAGGCACGAUCUUUAUUCAUAUACUUAAAUUGUUGAUACUUCCAUUGAUUGUUUCAAGUAUUAUUUCAUCAUUAGCUCAACUCGAUGCACAAUCAUCGGGAAAAAUGGGUUUAAGAGCAUUGAUCUAUUAUUUUGGUACAACUAUUAUUGCAGCUAUUGUUGGUAUUAUUCUUGUAUUAAGUAUACAACCUGGAUUACGUGGUGGUCAAGUUGAAAUCAAACCAGAAUCAAAAUCAGUCGAAGGUCGAACUGUUGAUACUAUUCUGGAUUUAAUCAGAAAUCUAUUUCCUGAUAAUAUUGUACAAGCUGCAUUUCAAACUACAGGUACGAAACUUACCGUCAAAAAACAAUUAGUUCAGGGUGAAAAUAAUACAAGUAAUAUUUUUAUUUUAAUAAUUAAAAAUAAUAAAAGACAUGAUAUAUAUUUAGCUUAUAACAAAACUACCUACAAUGCCGUACUAGAAAAACGAGAUGGUAUUAAUGUACUUGGUUUACUUCUAUUUUGUAUUCUAUUUGGUAUUAUUAUAAGUCGUUUAAAAGAAAAAGCACUUAUACUUAAACAAUUUUUUGAAGCUAUGUUAGAAGUUGUUAUGCAACUUGUACGUAUUGCUAUGUUAUUUAGUCCUAUUGGUAUUUUUUUUCUUAUUGUUGCCAAAAUACUUCAAAUGGAUAGUUUAAGUGAUUUUGUUGGUUCAUUAGGUCUUUAUAUGGCAACUGUUUUAGCUGGUUUAUUUAUACAUGGAUUCAUUAUUUUACCUUUAAUUCUUUUUAUUAUAACACGUAUGAAUGUUUUUAAAUAUAUACGUGGUAUGAGUCAAGCACUAGUAACUGCUUUUGGUACAGCUAGUUCAUCAGCAACAUUACCUGUAACAUAUAGAUGUGUUGAAGAAAAAAAUCAUAUUGAUCCAAGAGUUUCACGAUUUGUCUUACCAGUUGGAGCUACUGUUAAUAUGGAUGGAACAGCAUUAUAUGAAGCUGUAGCAGCUAUUUAUAUAGCUCAACUUAAUGGUAUUCCAUUGAAUGCUGCCAAAAUUAUUGUAACUACUUUUACAUCGACAUUAGCAUCCAUUGGUGCUGCAAGUAUUCCGCAAGCUGGUCUAGUAACAAUGGUUAUUGUUCUCAAUGCACUUGGUUUACCAGCUGAAGAAGUUAGAACAAUCUUUGCUGUUGAUUGGUUCCUUGAUCGAUUUCGUACUGCUAUUAAUGUAUUUGGUGAUUCGAUUGGUUGUGCUGUUGUAAAUCAUUUAUCACGUAAAGAACUAGAUGCACUUGAUAAUAAGAAAUUAUUAGCUGAUAAUACUGAUACAAAUAAUCCAAACUCGAGUGUCUCUUUUCUUGUACCUAAUAAUACUACUACAUUUCCAUCUAAUCAUAUGGAACCCGUGGCAUAUGCUAAUCCAACAUAUUCAAAUCAAUCAGAAACAACAGUUGAUGAUGAUGAUAAUGACACUAUUAUGGAUCAAACAAGUUUUUAA